ACGAAGGAAGUGAACAACAGAAAGAUAAUUUGCCAUUUUUCGAAUCGUAAAAUGCGAUCUGAACUAUAACAGUGAAACGAAAAACAUAAACAAAACAAACAAAAACACCCAAAUCCGAACUCAAUACAAAAAAGAAACAGAAAACAAACAAACAAACAAAUUCGUGAAUGAAGGAAUAUUCCAGAAAAAAAAUAAGAUAAAUAAACCAGAAAAAUCCCACUAUUAUCAAUCGCUCCUUUAAGAUCGUUUUUCUCCCUCUCACUCUUAAUGACAUGACCCUUACGCCCUGUCACGAGUGAGAGUGAUCCACACGCACAUCUCAGGUCACGCGAAAGUCGAUGACCUCUGACCUCAGAUUGCCAUGGAGUUGAAGGUCGCCCCGGUAGCGCUGGUGGCGUUGGCAACGGUGACUUCGAUUGCAGUGUUGCCAAGGGGAGCAGAAGCCAUCUCGAAGUGGGUGCCCGCCCCCCCGAGACGCAAGCUAAAUGUUCCAGGUUGUGUGACGCCGCGGGGCAUACUCGAACUUGGACAGCGAGUCUAUCUGCCAGGAUGCAGGAGGCUCGUGUGCAAGUCGUUCGCCGGGCAGCCUUUUGUCGAAGAUCAAACGUGCGACUCCCUCCCCGGCAGCGUGCCCCUCCACUGCACCGUCAGGCACCGCCGCCACAGGAGGUACCCCGACUGCUGCCCGGAGGUGACGUGCCCGCCCAUCGAUCCCUCCCCGCACACGCCCCCGGGAAGGACACCCUGGGGAGGAAUGCAGGUCCCUUACCCUGAGGAAACCUUUGUGGGCGUGGGCGGCCGCUAUCCGGGCGGCGUGCAGCUGCCCACCCACUACGCGGAUACCCGCCCUCGCGUAACCCCCCGCCCCUUCACAUUCAUGGACGGGCCGGAGGUGAUCCUCGGGAGCGGCUUCUCGGACCCGUGGCAGCCACAGGGCGACCACAGGGGCGAGGUCCUCCUGAGGGAGCGGCCCGUCGAAGUGUCGCAGGAGAUCGACGCCUUCGGUACGGUGGGCCUGGACUCGCCGAGCAACGCCCUGGGCGGCUGGAGGGGCACGGGCUCCAAGGGGGGCGACUACGACUACGCGGAGGAUGACCUGACGGGAGCGGACGGAGGAGGGGAUGCCUAUUACGACUCCUAUGACUCCUACGACUUCUACCCGGCGACGGAAGACUACUUGUCCUCCUCUGCCACCCCGCGCCCCUGGGACGCCUCCACCCGCUACGAGCCCCCGCCAACCACCGCUCCACCGCCGCCGCCCACCGCACGCACGCGCUGGACCAGUCCUUACAUCCCGCCCACCACUUCCCGCCCUCACGAACGCAGGACUACCUCGCAGCCGCCCAUCACGACGACCAGCAGCCAGCCGCGCACUUGGGGGACGACCAGCAGCCAGCCGCGCACCUGGGGGACAACCACCAACCAGCCGCGCACUUGGGGGACGACCACCAACCAGCCGCGCACCUGGGGACGCACCAACCAGCGCGCACCUGGGGGACGACCACCAACCAGCCGCGCACAUGGAGGACGACCACGCCGGUCAUCAUCACCCUCACGAGCACGACGCCCGCGCCGCGCACGCCUUCCUUCGCCAACUCCUCCGGCGACACCUCGAUGA